AUGAACGCACGCGGGCAAGGGCGAGUCGGCUUUCGUGGUGGUCGUGGUACUGCCGGCUUCUCCGUUGCGCCCAGAGCCGCAAGCCGCAACGGUGACAGUGGCGGUAGGGGUCUUGCGCGCGGGAGGGGCCGCGGUCGCGGUGGCGGUUUCUUUUACGCAGCUGCAGGCCGCUCUGAGGCAGCUGCUCUGAGGUCGCUGGACGAUGGCAACGGCGAAGAUGGCGCGAACGGAGCGGCGCCAGUGGGGACUGCGCACGCGGCGACUGAAAAGUGCUCCACAGUUGCCCGUAAGGAGCGGCACGUCACAACGAUGCUGCUGGGUGGCACGGAGCUGCCAAAGAAGCUCAACAACAAGGUCUUCAUUGACGGUUUGCCCUACGAGCACAAGGCGACACCAGGGUCCGCGUCACUUGAGGAGGAGUUAAUGCAGUUUGCAGCGGCGUGGAGGGUUGGCAGACCCAUUCGCCUCAUCAAGAAGGACGGUCAGGGGUUUGGCUUUCUCGUCUUUCACUCUCCUCACAGUGUGGAUGUGGCGGUGCGGGUGCUGAAUGGACGGAAAUUUCUGGGUCGUACGCUGCGGGUGGAGGUGCCGAAGCCAAAGGACAUGGUGGCAAGCGAUGCAGACGCCGGCCGUGACGCGGGGAAGAGUAGUUUUGCCCGCCAGGUGCUCCUGGCCGAUCUGGCGAAGAUUACUCAGCCAGAUAUUCUGCGCGAGAUUCUGUGCGAUGUAGCACCGCAGCUGGAGAAGCGGCUUGAGUCCAUCAAGAUGACCUCCAACAAUCGAAAGGCGUUUUUGACCUUUGUGUCUGCCGAGGACGUGGAGUCGGCGGUGAAAUUUCUUGACGGUUUCUUUAUAUUGGGCCGCCGAAUCACUGCCGCACGCGCUGCCGCCCCGGGUUCGCUGCCAUACUCAAAGUCGCCAAACCACAACCAGUUGCACACGGGGAACGCUGUUUCGACGGGUGCUGACGCCUACGAUGGGGCGAAGCAGAGGGGGAGUGCGCACGAUGGCGCGAAUGCGGCGGAGGAUGAAGCGCCUGUGCUGCCGUUAGGGGUGGUACGAGCACCGGCCACGCGGCAGGAGGUGAAGGGGGCGGAGCGACAGACGGUCAGAGAGGGCAAACCGAGCAACAUCACCGGCGUGACGGAGAAGUACAACCUGCUGGAGGUGGGGCCGACGGAGGUGUUAGUAGGUAACCUCGGGGAUGAGGUUACGGAGGAACAGCUCCGCAGCCACUUCGACAUCUGCGGGAGGAUUGUGAGUUGUGAGAUCCUCGUGAACAAAAGCACAAGCUUACCAACAGGCAUCGCACGCAUUGUCUUCGCCUUGCCCGCGUACGCCCGCUACGCGCAGAAGCACCUGCACGGGUCGCGUCUGCACGGCCACGUUAUUCGUGUUGAUCUCGGCGAUGAGCAGAGCGCGCCGCUAGCAUCGGAGCUUAUGCCACGAGACGACGAGGAGGCGUUUGACGAGGAUGGCUACAUGGAGCGCUACGGUGUGAAGGACAAGGCUGCCUAUUUUAAGGGAACCUCGCUCGAAGAGGGGCGCAAGGAUCUGAAGAAGAAUAAGCGGACACGGGAGGCGGCCGCUGACGGUAAGGUGAAGAAAAAGAAGGAAAAGCGUGAGGAGGCUGAGACAUCGGGCUUUGCUCGUGCAGGCGCCGCCGCCGCUGGUGACGAGGACGACGACGAGGAGGAGUGCUUCCAUGACGUGGAUGAGGUAACUCUGCCGGCGACGUCUUCGUCAGGGCGACGGGAUUCGAAGAAGCGACUAGCCACCGCAUCGAAGAAAGGGGCAACGCGGGCGAAGAAAUCAUCCAGGUGA